UGCAGUUCUGACAUGUAUGCACAAAUACUGUAUAAAAAGUAUGUAGCCUAUAUGCAUAUUCAGUAUAUAUUUACACUAUAUAAUUGCAUGUUAGCAAUAAAAAAAAUUGUAAAUAUUCAUGUUUCACUGCAAUAUCAGAAGAAAGUAUGAAAUAAUAUUUUGAAAGAAGAAUGUUAAGCCCAUUUUAAUAAUCCUAUCAUUUUCCUAUAUCCUUUCUUUUGGGGUGCAGUGUAAUAUAACAUCUUGAUAGGUUUCCUGAGAAACAAAACAUAUAAAGGCUUUUAAUUAAAAAAAAAAAAAAAACCUUUUACCUUGUUUGAAAAAAUAAAUAAAUAUCAUUUAUCCAACAUAUAGUCUUUUUGAUCAUUAAAUCAAAACAUUUGUAGAAAAUAGUAUAGUAGGCUACAUAAAUAAAAGUAUCACUUUCUCCUGAAAUUAUUCCUUGCCUAAGAAGUCCUGAUACAUGCGUAUAAAACUAUUUUUUAAUUCCUUUUCGUCAUCUUCACAUAAUUAGCCUACAUACUGACACAGCAGGAAUAGCGACUGUCCUACUGCGAUGAAAGGAAGAAGCGCAGCCACGGAGCGCUCUUUCUCUCUCACACUCACUCACUCACUCACAAGGAGGGGACAUUAGAGGGUCUUGUUUUCUCUUUGGGGGUUCUUUGGCGUAUCCAUAACCUGUAAAGGCUUCAUGAAGCUCGCAGCCAAAGCAUGUGUAUCGGAACCUGCGAAGAUAUUGCUGGCGCUUUUGGUACAUGUGGUGUCCUCGAUCCCUUCAGGCUGCCCAGAGCGCUGUGUGUGUGAUGACCAGCAUGUUGUCCAGUGCGCUGAACAAGAUCUCCGCAGAUUCCCAACAGGACUCCCGCUGACCACCCGCCAGCUCAUCCUGUCCAACAACCGAAUCUCUGAUUUACCUGCGCUCGAGCUCAAUUUCCUAUCCGACCUCAUGUAUCUGGACUGCAGCAAUAAUUCUCUCGCACACAUAUCCGAAUCCACAUUUGGGAACCUAAGAAAGUUGGCAUAUUUGGACUUGUCCUUCAAUUCCUUCCGUAAGAUUGAGGAGCAGACCUUCAGAGCGCUGGAGAGCCUGGUGAUGUUGAGACUGACGGAUAACCCCAGGCUGUCAGAGUUUCACCCUCAGGCCUUCUCGCAUGGAAGUGCUCUUCAGGUGCUGGACAUCAGCAGGAACAAUCUGAGCAGACUAAAUGUGAGUUUCCUCAUGGCACUAGGCGGGCUCAGGUCUCUCGGGCUGAGCGGGAACCCGUGGCUGUGCGCCUGUGACACGGAAGAGCUCUUCUUAUGGAUGCACACCGACACCUUUAAAUUUCAAGGUAGAGAUGUAGGUUACACAAGUUUGGGUCUGGGGUUUGUCGUUCUGCCUGUUUAGGCAUAUUGGGUAAUUUAAAAAAAAAUGUAUUUAGGCUAUUAAUGUUGCUCUUGAAUAAAAUAACAAAUAGGCAUAUUAUAGCCUAAAGCUUAUUAUGUCGGGGAGACUGGGCAAUGCUUGAACACUGUUUUGUUUUAGCAUCUGUAACUCAGU